CUCGCUCGGCUCCCCGCCUGCCCGCCCGCGGCGCGCCCGUGAAGCGCCGGCACCGAGCGCCGAGCGCCGCCGGAGCUGCGGCUGCUGCCGGCCCGGAGCUGCUUCGAGACCGGGAGUGCUGCCACCGACAGCCUGAGCUCCUGCACGGCCCCGGAGCUGCGGCUGCCGCCGGACCGGAGCCGCUGCUGCUGCCGGCCCCGAGCUGCUCCGACACCCGGAUCUGCUGCUACCGAUACCCGAGCUGCGGCUGCCGCCGACAGCCUGAGCUCCUUCUCGGCCCCGGAGCUUCUCCGACAGCCGGAUCUGCUGCUGCUGCCGGCCCCGCUCCCCUGCGAUACCGGAGCUGCGGCUGCUGCGGACACCGGAGCUCCUGCCCGGCCCCGCUCCGCUCCCUCCGACACCGGAUCUGCUGCUGCCCGGCCCCGUUCCGCCUCCCGGAGCUGCUGCCCGGCCCCGGCGGCGCUGCCGGCCCCGCUCCGCUCCCGCAGGAUCCCGCUCGCCCUCGGCCCCGCCUGAGCGCAGUUUGGAGAUGCUCCAGCAUGCCCGCAGCUUCGCAGGAAAUCUCUGAUCAGAGCUGGUUUCUAGGAGAGACACAGACCUGCAGUCCCACGGCAGCGCCUUGACUCCAGAGCCAUCCCUGGCAGCUCCCAGAGCAGCAGCUGAAGGAUGCUGGGCGGGAGGAGAACUGCCUGAGCCUGCAGCAUGCCAGCGUGUGCCCCUGAGCACUGCAGCGCAGCCAGGUACAAUCAGACUAUGACCACCCUCGGGAAACCCUGCUCAGAGUGACCAAAGGACGAGAUUUGGCUGUGGGGGGGAAACACCAGCUCCAAGCCAAGCUGGAGAACCUAGAGCAGGUCCUAAAGCACAUGCGAGAGGCUGCGGAGCGGCGGCAACAGCUGGAGCUGGAGCAUGAGCAAGCACUGGCUGUCCUCAACGCCAAACAGCAGGAGAUCGAGCUGCUGCAGAAGGCUCAGGUUGAAGCCAAGAAGGAACAUGAAGGAGCAGUUCAGUUGCUAGAGGCCAAGGUGCGGGAGCUGGAGCAGAAAUGCCGGACGCAGAGCGAGCAGUUUAAGCUGCUGUCGCGGGAGCUGGAGCGGUUCCGGCAGCAGGCGGGCACCAUCGAGCUCCUGGGCACCUCCUCCUCCUCCUCGCUGGCCCCCCCGGGGCCCCCCGGGAAAUCCCUGGCACAGCUGAUGAACGGCAUCGCCACCUCCAUCGGCAAAGGCCAUGAGAGCCCCUCUGGAAGUCGCUGUGUGAUCUCAGAGUUCAUCAGGCCCCUGCAGAUCUCUGGGGACAAGCCAGAGCAGCUGUCUGUCAAACCCACCUUCCUGCCCAAGUCACGAUCUGGCACCCCAAGAUGCAGAUUUGAUUCAGACAUGGAUAAUGAUCAGAAUUCCAAUACCUCAAAGCAGAGAUAUUCUGGGAAAGUCCAUCUUUGCAUUGCCCGUUACAGCUACAACCCCUUCGAUGGACCCAACGAGAACCCCGAGGCCGAGCUGCCUCUCACGGCAGGAAAGUACCUCUACGUGUACGGGGACAUGGACGAGGAUGGCUUCUAUGAAGGAGAGCUUCUGGACGGGCAGAGAGGACUGGUGCCCUCGAACUUUGUGGAUUUUGUGCAGGACAGCGAGGCGCGGCUGUCGAGCGUGGAGGAGCAGAACGCGCUGAACCGCGCGGGGGCUGCGCUGGAGGCAGAGCUGGAACUCAGCCCCCCCGGGCUCCUGGAGCCCAGCAGCGGGCUCAGCAACGGCGCGGGCACCCUGGACGUCAACAUCGACGAGAUCGGAGAAGACAUUGUGCCUUACCCCCGGAGAAUCACCCUCAUCAAGCAGCUGGCCAAGAGCGUCAUCGUGGGCUGGGAGCCGCCGCUGGUGCCGCCCGGCUGGGGCACCGUCAGCAGCUACAACGUGCUGGUGGACAAGGAGGUCAGGAUGAACAUCGCCCUGGGCAGCAGGACCAAAGCCCUGAUAGAAAAGCUCAACACCUCCACGUGCACCUACAGGAUAUCCAUCCAGAGCAUCACCAGCAAGGGCAGCUCCGACGAGCUGCAGUGCACCUUGCUGGUGGGCAAGGACGUCAUCGUGGCCCCCUCCAACCUCCGCGUGGACAACAUCACCCAGAUCUCUGCGGAGCUCUCCUGGCUCCCCACAAACAGCAACUACAGUCACGUCAUCUUCCUCAACGAGGAGGAGUUUGACAUUGUCAAGGCUGCUAGCUACAAGUACCAUUUUUUUAAUUUGAAGCCCAAUAUGGCCUACAAGGUGAAGGUCAUGGCAAAGCCCCACCAGAUGCCCUGGCAGCUUCCCUUGGAGCAACGAGAGAAAAAGGAAGCCUUUGUGGAAUUUUCUACGUUGCCAGCAGGUCCUCCAGCCCCGCCUCAGGAGGUGUGUGUGCGGGCAGGGAGCGCCCCGGGCACGCUGCAGGUGUGCUGGAAGCCCCCAGCUCUGUCAGCCACGGGCACGUCCCACGGUGCCAGCGUCACAGGCUACGGGGUCUAUGCCAAAGGGCAGCGGGUGUGCGAGGUGGCCCUGCCAGCCGCGGAGGGCACGGCGCUGGAGCUGCUGCGGCUGCGUGCCCUGGACGCCCGCGAGCUCACCGUGCGGACGCUCUCCGCGCAGGGCGAGUCCCUGGACUCUGCCCCUGCUGCCAUUCCCCCUGAGCUCCUGGUGCCUCCGCCCCCCCACCCCAGGACUGCUCCCAAACCCAAGCCAUUAGCAAGUGCCGGAGCCCCAGAAACCAAAGAAGAACACUUCGGGCCGCAUUUCAAACGGGAUGAGUCCUGGGAGCAGACUCGCUCGGUGUCCCCCGUGCACGGACACAUGCUGGAGCCACCCGCCUUCCACGGCCCCCUCCAGGGCAGGAGAUCUCCAUCCCCCAACAGAAUCCUGCCCCAGCCUCAGGGCGCUCCGGUCCCCAACACCGUCGCAAAAGCCAUGGCGAGAGAAGCUGCACAGAGGGUGGCAGAGAGCAACAGGAUGGAGAGGAGGAGCGUUUUCAGCGAGAGGAGCAGCGCAGCCCCGUACUCGGACGAGGAGGAGGAGGAUGGCUACGACUCCCCCAGGGUGAAGCGGAGGGGAGCCUCGGUGGACGAGUUCCUGAAGGAGUCAGAGCUUGGGAGGCAGGCUCACUACUGCCUGGGGGACGAGUACCACACGGAGAGCAGCCGCGGCUCGGACCUGUCGGACAUCCUGGAGGAGGAUGAGGAGGAGCUCUACUCCGAGAUGCAGCUGGAGGAGGGCGGGCGGCGGCGCCUGAGCCUGGGCUCGCACGGCGCGCUCAAGCUUUUAGGUAACCCAGCCUCUGCAGGACGGCCUGACAGGGCGGAGCAUGCAGGGCGAAGGUCCUCCCAUGGCAGUGCAGUGCCACAAAGGUCUCGGCCCCUGCUGGUCCCCUCCAUUGAUGGCUACGGUGGCCAUGACCGCCUUUCCCCAGACAUUUACGAGGAGUCUGAAACAGACCCUGGCACAGAAGACCUUUCUACUCGAAUAUUUGUUGCACUUUUUGACUACGACCCACUGACCAUGUCCCCGAACCCCGAUGCUGCAGAGGAGGAGCUGCCCUUCAAGGAGGGACAGAUCAUUAAGGUUUAUGGGGACAAAGAUGCUGAUGGGUUUUACCGUGGAGAAACCUGUGCAAGAGUUGGCCUUAUCCCCUGUAACAUGGUCUCUGAGAUACAGGCAGAUGAUGAAGAGAUGAUGGAUCAGCUCCUUAAACAAGGUUUCCUUCCCUUGAACACUCCAAUUGAGAAACUAGCAGAGCCCCGUGGCCGGCGCGGGGGCCGGCAGCAGCCGCUGACCACCCGCAGGAUGGUGGCCCUCUACGACUAUGACCCCAGGGAGAGCUCCCCCAACGUGGAUGUGGAGGCUGAGCUGACCUUCUGCACUGGGGACAUCAUCACUGUCUUUGGUGAGAUCGAUGAAGAUGGAUUUUACUAUGGGGAGCUCAAUGGACAGAAGGGGCUGGUUCCUUCCAACUUCCUCGAAGAAGUGCCUGACGAUGUGGAAGUGUUUCUCUCCGACGCGCCCUCGCGCUACGCCCCCGACGCGCCCAUGCGAGCCAAGGCUAAACGGGUUCCUCCUGAGAAUACAGGUACCUCCCGGAGAGCACCUUCCCCCACAGUUCAUCUCCAUUCCGGGUCUCCUCCGUCACCUGUGAUGGGCUCUGGUAGCCCCGGGAGAGGCAGGGAUAUGGCCUCGAAAAAGAAAAAGGGGCUGCUUUCCAAAGGCAAGAAACUGCUGAAAAGGCUUGGUGCAGUGAAAUGAGUCCUGUGCUCCUGGACAACUUGUAAAGCUUCCAGUCUGUGUACCUUUUUUUUUUAAGUCAAAACUAGGGCUUUCAUGACUAUGCAGUACUUUACCAGACCGUUGCAUUUUUAACUCUGACAUCAAUAGAGUCAUGCCAAUUGCUUAAUCAAAACAGCAAGGAAAAAAGGGAAAUGGAUUUGUUGUUGCAAAAACAUUUUUUAAAAAGUAAAAAAAAAAAAAAAAAAAAAAAAGGUAUGGGAUUAAGACCAGAAGAACAUGGUUUUAUUUGAAGUCAUCUCAACACCUGCAAACUCCAUUGGAAAAAUCUCAGCCUUUAUUCUCCUUUAACCAUGAGUGGGGGGAGAAAACUCUUCACUGAUUGCUAGUUCAGAGAUCACCCCACUGGAUCCACUCAUUAACAAAAAUGGUCUUGAAACUCCUAGUUGAAUCAGCCUUGAUGUUUUGCCUUAUUAAUGCACAAUGAUUUGUACUGUCUAAUAAAUAUGCAGCGUAUACUUUGUAUGUACUGUGUAUGCAGCUGUGUCCAUCCUCCCUCCACCAGUAAUUCCAGAUGAACACUGGUACUGCCCCAGCCCUGUCUGAUGGACUCCUGGCAGUGUGCAAGUGCUGUGCUAAACCCUUUUCAGUUUUUGCUCCCCCAGUAAAAACCAAACCCCUGGACUGGUUUGCCAUUCUCAUUCCAGGGGAACCAGGCAGUGUAAGUUACUCAGAACCUCACCCCGUUUCCACCCUCCAGUUCUGGGGUUCCUGGUUCCCUGUUCUAAGCUACUGGGAAAAACCCAACUGCACACCAAAACCCCUUUAGUCCCCAGUUUUUUCCUGUGGAGGUUCAGUCCUAGGUUAAAAGGCAUUUUCAUUCUGCUGCUGUCAGAUUGAGGCAAGUCCAUCUGCAGUGAAAGGACAAAGUGUUACAGCCACAGCCCCAUGAGGCUGCACCAGGCUCUAGCAAACCCCAAUUGCAACAUUGGCAUAUCACAAAAACCAAUCCUCCACACUGAUGGCAGUCAUUGGCUGUUACUAUUUUGUAAUUCUUGUCCAUUUGUAAAUUGUUUUUACUGUUUAUACAUACUUUUCAGACUGCCUUUCUUUUUGUAAUUUAUGGAAGGUUUAUAAAUGAAUGAUCAAAGCUUCCCCAUUGUGUCUUCAGAUAACAAUGUAAAUUACUGUAAAAUACUGUGUGCUAGAUUACAACAUUUAAUUAAAGAAAAUAACUGGCCUACAUUUGUGGUAAAGUACUGUGUGGGUGUGUGCAUGU